UUGCAUAGCAACUGUAAAUAAUAACAGAAAUUGACAACAAACAAAAACUUCCAAUAAUCAGGUUGUUUAUAGUUUAAAAGCUUUUUUUACUGUAAUAUACAAAUCAUAAGACUGAAUAAGUGAUAAUGGACGUAAAGACUUUAGAACCUUACGCUAUUAUAGGAUUUGAUGGAUCUGCAAUUAAGGGACUUAAAGUUCACCCUGAUGGCGACCACAUCGUAUACCCAAUGGGCAACAAAGUGUGCAUCCAGGAGUGGAAGAACAAGAAGAUGCAAUUCCUUAGUGGACACACCAAUAGCGUGUCGACUGUCGCUGUCUCCCCUAAGGGAACUUACGUCGGCUCAGGACAAAUCAACCACAUCGGUUUCAAAGCUUCUGCCAAGAUAUGGGAUUUCAAAAAGAGGGUUAUGAUCGGCAGCCAUGAAUUGCAUAAGGUACGUGUGGAGGCGCUGACGUUUUCGUCCGACGAGCGCUACAUGAUCUCUCUAGGAGGCCGCGACGACGGCUGCGUGGUGCUGUGGGACUGUGCGGGGGGCUCCGCCACCGCCACCACGGCCGCCGCCAAGCUCACCACAGGGGACGCCGUCACCCUCGCGCCACUCAACCUGAGACACAGCGCCUUUGUCACAGGCGGCGAUUCUAACCUGCGAGUAUGGAACGUGCGAGCGGAGAGCAAGACGCUGGAAGUGUUAGACGUAUCGUUGGGCAAGCUUAGACGCAGCGUGCGGUGCAUUGCUGUCAGCAAAGAUGACGCCUAUGGUUACGCUGGUACUACGACGGGUGACAUGAUAAAAUUUUCCAUCAACUUCCCCGCGGACCCAAACGUUUCGGUAGCAAACUGCAAGCCCAGUCUGAUCGGCUGCCUCGCUAAGUGCGGGGUCUUGAGGAAGAACAAGGCUCCUGAAACUGUUUGCUAUAGCCAAGGUAUAGAAGCGCUACUAAUACUGGAGGACGGCUGCCUGCUGGUGGGCGCGGGCGACGGCAGCGUGGACCUGCUGGACGAGAUCAAUUGGAAGGGAGACUUCCCCAAGGCCAAGAUCGCCUCACCCAACAAGCCGCAUUUCAAAGCUCUGAGAAGCGUGAAGGUGCCGGGCUGCAUCACGUCCAUGGAGCUGCUGGAGUCCCCGCAGCGGCGCGGCGGCCGGCGCCUGCUGCUGCUGGGCACGCGCACCAGCGAGAUCUUCUCCGUCGACAUGGCCACCUUCACCCUCACGCUGGUCGUCACCUGCCACCGCUGCGCCAUCAACGAUAUCGCCUUCCCCAGGGGCAUGUCAGGCGUGUUCGCGACGGCAGGCGCGGGCAGCGUGCGCGUGUGGUGCCUGCAGACGGCGCGCGAGCUGCUGCGCAUCGCGCUGCCCAACUUCUCCUGCUCUGCUGUUCUCUUCUCCGGUGACGGCAAGUCUAUCGUUUCUGCGUGGAAUGAUGGCAACAUCCGCGCGUUCACGCCGCUGACGGGGCGGCUGAUGUACUGCAUCCUCAACACGCACAACAAGGGCACCUCCGCCAUCGACAUGACCUCCGACGGACGCACCCUCAUCUCCGGGGGCUGCGAGGGACAGGUGCGGGUGUGGGACAUCCGGCCGGAGAGCCAGUCGCUCAAGAAGGUGCUGAAGGAGCACAAGAGCCCCGUGUCCGCGAUACAGGUGUCCCCCAACGACACGGAGGCUGUCAGCGCGGGGACCGACGGCUCCGCCAUCAUAUGGGAUCUCAUGUCGCUGUCGCGGCGGCAGGUGAUGUACGCCAACACGCUGUUCAUGUGCGUGUGCUACGAGCCGCGCGGCUGCCAGCUGCUGACGGGCGGCACCGACCGCCGCGUGGCCUACUGGGAGACGGCCAGCGGCAACCUCGCCAGGGAGCUAGAAGCCAGUAAAGUGGGAGCUAUCAACGGCCUCCACAUCACACAGGACGGGGAGCUCUUUGUGACUGGCGGCAACGACCAAAUGGUCAAACUGUGGAAGUACCAGGAGGGCAUAUACUCGCACAUGGGCGUGGGGCACGCGGCCGCCGUCACCUGCUGCCGCUUCAGCCCCGACGCGCGCCACGUCGUCAGCGCCUGCGCCGCCGGCGGCCUCGUCAUCUGGCACGUGCCGCAACAAUACCUACCAAAACAGAAACCACCAUCAGCUACACAGAAAACAGUACAAUCCCCAAAAACUCUCCAACAACAACUGCGUCUGCCGCUCGAAGACAAAACUACUAAGAAACCUUCGACAGAACGACAAUUCAAGGUUCCUGCUGCACCUUCCAAGGAUGAAAAAAUAGAAGCGAUGAAUACAUCCCGCAGUAGCGUGCACUCGUGCUGCCCCUGUGACGUCACGCAGCCGCAGGGCUCUAAAGUGACGUCACCAGUUAAGACUGAAACAAGGAAAUGUUGCAGACCGCCAGAUCUCCCCACGCGGACCACUAGUAAGGACUACAUCAGUGGCAGCGGAGACAGAAAGUGAAUUUAAAUCUAGUAUUGUAACAAAUACAUUUAUAUUUUCGUAAUAAAUUUAUUAUAUUUCA